AAGAAAGUCAAGAAAUUUGUCUGUGUAUACAAAAGAAAUUCAGUUGAGUGGUGUAGGAGUCUUUUUAAUUAGUGGAGUGUAGAAAAGAAAGCACCGUUUGUUAAAUUCACAGUUUGCUUCUCUAAAGCAUAGAUUGUUUCUAUCGAUCAGUCUUCUGUUUGCAAUUGGAGAAAGAAAGAAAGAUUCAUUGUUGUAUUUCAAGCAAUUGGCUAAACGUUUCCAAAACCACAGAACAUGGAUUCUGAUUCAACUGUGAAUUGAGAAAGGGAAAGAUUCUCUGUGUACCAGUAGCGAGAAUUAGUCCCUGGCGUCAAAUGGUUGCUGACUAGGUUGACGAACUAAUGACUAGAUCUGUAACUGCAUGAACAUACGGAUGGAUGGUUGCCUCACUGAUAUUAGGAAGACUCUUGGAGAUAAAUUGUUAGACAAGGCAAUAGAACACGCACGCUAUUUAUUUUGCUUCACGUGCAUUGUCAAGGAAUUCGAUGAAGAAAAGGGCAACUUGGAAGCAGAGAGGGGAACUAUAACACAACUUUUUGACAAGGCAACCCAAACUGAUAAAGAUGUUAAGUUUAAUGCUCAACGUUGGAAAGAACAUGUUGAUAAGCACAUUCAAAUUCAAGAGGACACAAAGAAAGAACCGAGCUGUUUUCUUGGUUUUUGCCCUGAUUGUAUUUGGAGAUAUAAAAGGGGAAAAGAGUUGGCAACCAAGAUAAAGGAGAUGAAAAAUUUAAUGAAAGAAAAAAUUGAAAACGUUGAAGUCACUCGUUGUCUUCCCGGUGCUGAGCGAUAUUCUUCUCAGUAUUACAUUUCAUUUAAAAGCAGAGAGUUGAAGUACGAAGAGCUUUUCGAUGCACUAAAAGAUGACAACAACUAUAUUGGAUUGCAUGGGAUGGGAGGUUCUGGUAAAACAACAUUGGCAAAAGAAGUAGGCAAGCAACUUAAGAUACAGGAGCAUUUCAAAUAUGUUAUCGAUACCACAGUGUCACUGAAUCCUGAUACAAAAAAGAUUCAAGAUGAUAUUGCUGGAUCCUUAGGUUUGGAAUGGGGAGACAUAAAUGAAUCAGAUCGACCUAAAAGGUUGUGGAGUAGACUUACAAAUGGUGAAAAAAUUCUUGUGAUAUUGGAUGAUGUAUGGGAAAAUCUCAAUUUUGAUGACAUAGGGAUUCCAAAUAGUGAUAAUCACAAAGGAUGCAAAGUUCUUGUAACCACACGCAAUCUGGAGGUAUGCAACAAAAUGGGAUGUGGAAAGACAAUUCAACUAGAGCUCUUAACUGAAGAAGACGCAUGGAUCAUGUUCAAAAAGCAUGCUGAUCUAAGUAACAAUUCAUCCAAAAGUAUUCUUGAUAAGGGACGUAAAAUUGCAAUUGAGUGCAAAUGUUUACCAGUUGCAAUUGCUACUAUCGCCAGCAGUUUGAAGGGUGAAAAAAGUGGUGCAGCGUGGGAUGCUGCCUUGAAUUGCUUACAAAAUCCUGUGUCCAUGGGCAGUGUUAAUGAUGAUUUGUUUGACAUUUUUAAAUGUUUGAAGUUUAGCUAUGAUUAUCUGAAGGAUGAAAAAGCAAAGGGAUUGUUCCUCUUAUGUUCUGCAUUCCCUGAAGAUGAAGUGAUUUCUGUUGAACGUCUAACUAGGCUUGGUAUAGGAGUCAACCUUUUUGGGGAAGGUUAUAAAAAAUACAAUGAUGCUCGAAAUCAAGCAAUUGUAGCCAAAAAUAAACUCUUACGUUCAUGUUUACUGUUGGAGACAGAAGAUGGAGAUGUGAAGAUGCAUGACUUGGUUCGGGAAGUAGCCCAAUGUAUAGCAAACAAAGAGAUUUUAGCAGUAGAUUUAUCUAAAGAAAAUCAAAAGUCAUUGCUUGAAAGGAGAAAGAAUAUCAAAUAUUUGUUCUUCCAAGGAAAACUAAUGGAUUUAUUUUCCACUAGGUUUGAUGCAUCUAAGCUUGAGAUUUUAAUUGCAAAAAAAUCCAUGGAUGCGUUUGAGGAUGUCCGCACUUCAUUCUCUGAAAAUAUGGCAGGGCUUCGAAUUUUGCAAUUAUCACAUCUAUCAUUACCAAAAUCAAUUCAGUUAUUGGAGAACAUCCGUUCUCUAUUAAUUGAAAAUGUCAAUUUGGGUGACAUCUCUAUUUUGGGAACACUGCAAAGUCUUGAGACUCUUGAAUUGCAUUCUUGCAAAAUUGAUGAAUUUUCCCCUGAAAUUGCAAUGUUGAAUAACCUUAGAUUGUUGAGCUUGAGAUGGUGUCAAAUUAGAAGCAAUAAUCCAUUUGAAGUUAUCCAUAGAUGCCCAUCACUUGAAGAAUUGUACUUCAGUCAUAGUUUCAAUGAUUUUUGUCAGGAAAUAACCUUACCUACAUUGGAAAGGUAUCUUCUCGGUGAUUAUUCUGGUGAUUGGAAUGUUCCAAUAUCAAAAUACGUGUAUUUAGCACAUAAUUAUUUCUCAGAAGCAACAUUUAAGUAUUUGAUGCAAACAUCAGAGUAUUUUAUGUUGGAAGGAAUUAAGGGAUGUAGAAAUCUCAUGCCCGAGAUGGUUCCUAUAGAUCAAGGUAUGAAUGAUCUAAUUGAGCUUCAUCUGAGAGAAAUUUCACAACUACAGUGCCUAGUAGACACUAAACAUAUUAAUUCUCAAGUACCAAUUGUUUUCUCUAAGUUGGUUGUACUAAAGCUUGAGAGAAUGGAAGCUUUGGAAGAAUUAUGCAAUGGUCCCAUCUCCUUUGACUCAAUGAACACUUUAGAGGAGCUGUAUAUUAAGGAGUGUGAAAAUUUGCAAAGCUUGUUUAAAUGCAGCCUAAAUCUCAGCAAUCUAAAGACUGUGAAAUUAAAAUCAUGCUCAAGAUUGGUUUCUGUUUUUGAAAUGUCCACUUCUCAAAGCUUUCCACUGUUGGAGAAAUUGAAAAUAAUUGAUUGUGAGAAAUUGGAAAACAUAAUCACAUUUGAAAGGAGAGUGAUGGAUGACACAGUUGAAGUAUCAGCCGAUGGUUAUAAUGAUAACAAGAGUUGCUACUCAUUGUUUCCAAAUCUGAAAGUUCUUCAUAUUGUGAAUUGUCGCCAAUUACAAUUCAUACUUCCAAUUCUCUCUGCUCAAGACCUUGUGUCAUUAGAAGUUAUCACAAUAUGUUGUUGUCACAAGUUGCAAUACAUAUUUGGCCAACACCAAGAUGUCAAACUCACAUCACUAAAAACAGUGGCGAUUGGCGAUUUGCCAAAUUUCAUUGACAUAUUUCCACCCAAUGCUUCAUCCAUUUCCAAGCAUGAUUCUAAGACAAAAACACAACUGGACCCUAUCAAAGGCAAAACAUUCUCUAUGUGUUGUUAUAGAUACAAAAUGAGCUGUACAAAAAUCCCAUUGGUUUCUGAGGAUCAACCGCAAAACUGCUCAAUCUCAUUGGAAUCAAAUUCAUAUUUCCUUAACAUUUCGGAACCUCCGCAAUGUCUUUUAAGACAAUCACAUAUCCCGUGCAAUAUUAAAGAGAUUGAAAUCUCUAAUCUUCCGAAGAUAAAAUCUGUAUUUAUCCUAUCUAUUGCUCUAAGAAUGUUGAAAACUAUAAAAAUUGAGAAAUGUGAUGAAUUGAAGCAAAUAACAAUAGACAUUGGAGCUCACAACAGUUCUAGUGGCAAUAAUUUUGGCAAUGUCUUCACAAAAUUGAAAACUCUCUACGUUGAAGAAUGCAUGCAAUUGGAAUACAUAUUUGGAUACAAUCAUGAUCAUCAAAACCAUACUGAAAUGGCAAAACUUGAACUCAAUGAAUGCCCGCAGUUAGCUAGUAAUGGUGAUUUCAUCAAGGAAUUGAGUGGCAAUGAAGAAAAUGGACAACAAAUGAACUUGAGUUUGGAAGACAUUAAGUUGAUUAAUCUGCCUAUGAUGAGGUCUCUUUUUGUGGGUCUCAAAUAUUCAUUUGUCCUCGAAAACCUCAGAGAAAUAAUUAUUGUUCAAUGUGAAAAAUUGGAAAUUGUUUUCUCCACAUCUAUUUUAAGAUGGCUACCACAAUUGGUUAGUCUACAAGUAGAAGAAUGCGAAGAAUUGAAGCAUAUCAUUGAAGAUGAUUUGGAGGAUAAAAUUUCUCGGUCUUCAAACACAUUCUUCCCAAAGCUAGAAACAUUGAUUGUAACAAAAUGUGACAAGUUGAAGUAUGUCUUUCCAAUCUCCAUUUGUAAAGAGUUUCCUAAGCUAAAGGCUGUGUUGAUAAGAGAAGCAAAUGAGCUAGAGGAAAUAUUCACAAGUGAUAAAAAAGAUGAGGUUGAAGAAAUAUCCAAAAGUAAAGUUCAGAUUCCAAAUCUGAGAGUUGUAGCAUUUGUCAACCUACCAAGGCUCUGCCAUGCCCAGGGAAUUCAUUUUCAGGAAGUUAAAUAUCGUGUGGUAGAUAUUUGUCAAAAACUCUUUCUAACUUCAUGCAAUGAUUGUGACGGCGAUCCUUUCAAUUUUUUCAAUUUUUGGACAGAGAGGGAUUUGCGGAGACGAUUUGAAGAAAUACAAUUGCAUUAUCAUGUACGUUGUCAUGCUCAGGAAAUACGAAGAGAGUACCUCAAAGCAGCAUCAGAACACAAGUUGAUUUCUCCACAGCUGGAAGGUUCUACAUCAGAAAUAUCAGAAGCAGCAACUGUGUCCAUCAUUACAGAAACAAAGAAUAAGCUACCUACACAAGUAGUUGAUCCUAAACAAAAGGGUAUCCAGAUAAAUGUUGAAGAAGGAAAUACAUCAGUUAAUGCCAAGACAAUAGCAUCGUCAACUCAUUUAGAUGUAAUAGGUUCAUCAUCAGGCCAGUUAAUUACUUCCGAGUGUAAAACAUCUUCACAGGUAGACGGUGAUAGCCAGAUAGCCAUGACUUCUUUUUCCAUUUCCGCUGCUGAGACCAAUGACCAAGGUUCUCUAAAUGAUGAUUCUUUCAAGAAAGUAAGCUCAAAUAUUGAGGAACAGUUUCCUAUGGAUGAUGAUAUAAUAGUUUCUAAAUCUAAACCCUCUCUUAGCAUCACAUCUCCUGUUGUAUAUCAAUUUCCUCCGGUGCCUUGUAAAGAGGACCCUUCUCAAAAGGUAGAAGAUUUAAGUUCUUCUUUGGUUGUAAAGUGUGAUCUUGAGCAACUAGACUCCAAGAAUCAUUUGGAUUGUGGGAAUUUGUCUUUGUUGACUGAUUUCUUUGUUAAGCAUCCUUCUAUCUGUUUAAAAGACACUUCACUUAGUAAUACAUACAAGGGUUGUGCCUACAACGUACUAGCUAAACUAUUGAAAUUCCUCAAAACCCAUAGUAUAUUGGAAGUAUUGGGCACAUUCCACUCUGAAUUUGUGGAGUUAUUACAAGAUGCACGAAGCUUUGGUUUUGAUAAGGAUUGGUUGGAUGGUGUCGAAAGGCGGGCUUUGUUUCCUGAUAUUGAAAGGCAGAAAUUAUUGGAUUACAAGCAACAGGUUACCAAGGAUGUUGAAUUGUUGCACUUGAAGAUAGGCAUUUUAAGUCAACAUGUGGAAGAUCUUAAGCAACAGUUGACAUCCUCUGAAGUUGUUUUGGAGCGUAUCAUUCAACAAGAGGUGGUUUUGAGUGCCCCUAUUGGCUAUUAGACUAUAUUUUUUCACUUGUAUUCUAGAUUCUUUAAAUAGGACUAGGAUUUUUGAAAUUAGAUUUUGUUGAUGUUGAUCACUCUAAGAUUCUCUUUUCCUUGUGAUUUGGUGGAUUGCUCUGCACUCUUUUUCCCUUACUUAGGUUUUAUCCCACUGGGUUUUUCUGAGAUAAGGUUUUUAAUGAGGCAGAAGUUGAGUACCCUUGAGCAUUUUAAUUGACUUGAGUUUUGGUCUA